AUGUUUUCUAUUCAAAACCCAUGGAUUUUUACUUUUGGAGUACUGGGGAAUAUUGUGGCAUUCAUGGUGUAUGUUUCACCAUUGCCGACGUUUCGGAGGAUUAUAAAGAAGAAAUCGACUGAGGGAUUUCAGUGUUUCCCCUACCUCAUCGCACUUCUAAGUUGCAUGUUGUGGGUUUAUUAUGCAUGUAAUAAACAAACCAAAGAUUACCUUCUUAUUAGUAUCAAUUCCCUUGGUUUCAUCAUAGAGGGCAUUUAUAUUGCUCUUUAUGUUACUUAUGCUCCAAGAAAAGCCAAGGUGAGCACUUUGAAGUUACUUAUGCUUUUAAAUUUCAUGGGGUUUUCUUCAAUUGUCCUAUGCUGCACAUUUUUGGCAAAUGAUUCGAAUCGAGUUCAUGUUUUGGGAUGGAUUUGUCUUUCAUUCUCUAUUUCGGUUUUUGCAGCACCUUUGAGCAUCAUUAGGCAGGUAAUAAAAACAAGAAGUGUCGAGUUCAUGCCAUUUCCUUUGUCUUUCUUCUUGACACUAAAUGCAAUCAUGUGGUUCUUCUACGGAUUUCUCCAAAAGGACUUGUACAUUACGCUGCCAAACAUUUUGGGGCUUAUAUUUGGGAUAGUCCAAAUGGUCAUCUACAUUAUGUACAAAAAAUGCAUCAAGGGAAUUGUAGAAGAACAUGAGCUGCCAACGGUUCAAAAACAUAACAUCAGCCCAAUAUCUGCUUCUGAUCCAAUAUGCUUCUCCCCUGAAGAGACAGAAAGAGGACAAAUGCCAUGA